AACGUCGAAUUGUUUGUUAACUGACUUCGAACAGCUAACAAUCUUUCUAUCAUAGUUCAAACUAACGAUCGACUACGUGUAGUAUAUCACCCGGCGUGAUUUCUAUCUUUAUUUCAUCGAAUAAAGAUACUAACGAAUAAUUAGUUUGAAAUCGGAAGGAUUUUGACACAGAUUGCGUGUAAUCGUUCGAGAAACACGGUCAAGUUCCCAAAGUGUUGCGUACGUUACGGACAUAAAUUUCAAGUGAUUAUUUGUUGAAGAAACAAAAAGUUUCAGUGCACCUUUCGAAAGGACUUUUGAAGACUUUGUGAUAUUUAUUUCGUGGUUGGAUUUUAAAUAAAUUAGAUACACAUCAUGGCUCCCAAUUUAAUUGGGAAUACUUUCCUUCUGGCUGAAACAGCCAUCGAACAAGAACCACCAAAACGUUCACAAAUUGUGACUCCAGUUCCACCACCACAGCGACCUCCGGCGACAACAGCUCAAAAAUUAACGAAAAAAUCUCUUGAAGUUGAUGAAUCUACAGCCGUAACGAAGAAAUCAAACGAAUACAAAGUACAAAUUGUGUGGAGAAAUGUCACUGCUUUCAUCAUCCUACAUUUGGCUGCUUUCUACUCUAUAUAUUUGAUUGUCUCACGUUUUAUCAUAUUGGAAUAUAUCCUGGGACACUUGAUGGGCAUUUUCGCAGGAUUCGGAGUGACAGCUGGAGCACAUAGACUAUGGGCCCAUAAAUCAUAUAAAGCGAAACUGCCACUUCGAAUCAUCCUCAUGAUUUUCCAAACGAUGGCAUUCCAAAACUGCAUCCACGAAUGGGUACGUGAUCACCGGGCCCAUCACAAAUUCUGCGAUACCGACGCCGAUCCACAUAACUCCCGACGUGGUUUCUUCUUCUCACACAUGGGAUGGUUAAUGUGCAAAAAGCAUCCAGACGUCAAGGCUAAGGGACAAACUAUUGAUAUGAGCGACAUUGAAGCUGAUCCUGUUGUCAUGUUCCAAAAAGACUACUACAUGUUUUUGAUGCCAGUAUUCUGCUUCUUCCUGCCAGCUUUGGUGCCAUACUACCUCUUUGACCGCCCAUACUGGCAUGCGUUUUUCAUUAGCUCAGUUUUGAGAUACGUAAUUUCACUUCAUUUCACCUGGUUGGUCAAUAGUGCUGCACAUAUCUGGGGAAUGAAACCAUUCGAUAAAUUCAUUACACCAACUGAAAAUAAAAUGGUUGCUAUUUUGGCUAAUGGAGAAGGUUGGCAUAACUACCAUCAUGUCUUCCCAUGGGACUACAAAGCAGCUGAAUUGGGAAGUUAUAUGUACAAUUUCUCGACAGCUAUGAUUGAUUUCUUCGCUCUGUUUGGCUGGGCUUACGACCUCAAAACAGUAUCCAGAGACAUGAUCCAAAAACGUGUAGCACGCACUGGCGACGGCACUCACCAGGAAUUCAAUGCAAAAAGGGACAAGGACCUGGUGAUGGAACUUAACGUGAAACAUAACCACGAAGAUUUGGAGAAUCUAGUUUGGGGCUGGGAUGACAAGGAUAUGCCAAAUGAAGACAAAGUGGAUGCUUGCAUACUCAAAAAGGAGGAAUGAAAGUAUUCUAUAAAAUAAAAUAGGUUGUUGAUAAAUUAAAAUUGCCCUAGGCUGUAGUGAGUUAGAAAUUAAAAAAAUUAGAAACAAAUUUUUAAUAGAAAUGGUAGCACUAGUUUUGACACAUCUGAUUGUGCUUGAUACCCUUGUAGAAUAUUUGCGGAAUAUCUGAUUUGCGGUGCAGGGAAAGAUCAUUAAGUAAAUGGUAUAGCUAACCGGAUAGUCCCUACGGACCCGACUAAAACCCUAUAUAAUACUGGCUGGUAUACUUAGAUCCCAUUGCAGAUGCUCUUAUUCUUUGAACAGUCUACAGCUGUCAACCGAUAUCAAGUUUAUAAAAAGAUAAUCAACUGCAGAAAAUGAUAAAUGUACAAGACAGCAUAAUGUCAUGCAGUUGGCACAAAGUAAGUGAUUGGACUGAUAAAACUUAAUAAAUCAAUUCAAUAAUCAUAUUAAUUUUUCGAAAUCUCUUUCACAUGAAUAAAGAGAAAAAGAAAUUUAUUUAUGAAACCAAUGGGAGUUAGCAUAUAAAUCUACAAAGAUUCUUUAAGCAAUUACGAUUUUAUCGAAACAAAAAAUCAGAAAUCUACUAUGGGGGUUAUGAUUGUGAUUUAUUUUUAAUGCUACAGUUACCAUUCAACUUUUAAAAGUUUUUAUGUAAAUAUCUAAAUUUUUCAAAUAUGAAAUAAGUUUUAAGUUGUAGCUGAAUAGAAUUGGAUAUAACGUUUUUAUUGAUUGACAAUUUUAUGUAAAAAAAAUUAUAUCAGAAUGUUUUGCAUAAGAACUGGUUGUUGUUAUAAAUAGGUAAAACAUGAGGCAUUGUGAAAUAUUAAAAUAUGUAUUUUAACAGUGAUUUAAGCAAAAAAUAAAACACGGUCAUUAUUGUGUGGUCUUAUAAA